UGUGCGUUUGUUUAUGCGUCGCGCGCAAGCCGGGCAGGGCGGGGUUGUUGCCACUAACUGUAAUUAUGUCGCUGAAAGCUCCUCCUCCGUUCAUUCUUAAUCCCCUUCACCACAUCCGCUAAUACUGCGUCUGAAACUCGUCCACAAGUAGCAGGCUGCUACCAGCAGCUAACACACCGCAGGUCCGGGCUGUCUCCUGCCGCGUUUGGACAAGUUUCACCGACUCCUUCUGUGGCCCGUGGGACAGGUAAAGACUGGGAGCUGAUCAGCAUGGCCUCCUCCGAUGAUGCAGGAUCUCUGACUUCUGUGGAUUUUAUCCAGCUGCAGCAUUACAUGGAGGAAAGCAACCUGAGGGUCAAAGAUGUGAUAAAGGUCUUUCAUCCAGGAGGUCGUCUGGCCAAGCACACUCAAGGAGAGUGCCUCGAUGCCGUGGGCUUCUGUCUCUUCCUGAAGACCUACCUAGAAAUGGAGGACAUCCCUGCAGAUUUCUGCCAACGCCUUUUCCGCUAUUUUCAACACAAAGAGCAAGAUGAGUCCUCAACAAACCCUGUGCUCAAAGGAGAUGUUGUGUUUCUUCAGGAUGUGUCAUGUUACUUCUCGGUUCUGGAGGAAGGACAGCCACAAGAGAAGCUUGAAUUUACCUUUAAACUAUACGACAAGGAUGGGAACGGCCUAUUGGACAGCUCUGAAGUGGAUCGUAUUAUCAGCCAGAUGAUGCGGGCUGCUGAUUACCUGGGCUGGGACGUGACUGAACUCAGACCAGUGCUGAAAGACAUGAUGUGUGCGAUAGACGUGGACGCCAGUGGGACUGUCACUCUGGAGGAGUGGUUGAAAGGAGGCAUGAACAAUAUUCCUUUACUCGUGCUUCUUGGACUGAAGAUGGCAGAGAGGGACGGGCAGCACAUUUGGAGGCUGAAGCAUUUUAACAAGCCGACCUACUGCUGUGUGUGUGAGAGCAUGCUCCUCGGCAUUGGAAAGCAGGGACUCUGCUGCACGUGCUGCAAGUACACUGUUCACAACCAGUGUGCCAACAAGAACCCUGAGCCCUGCGCUCGCACCUUUGUCAAAUCCAAACAGGAAAUUGGUAAAGCCACUCAUGACUGGAUCAAGGCUGACUGUAACUCCACCAAGUGUCAGGUCUGCUUCAAGAAGAUCAAAACCUUAGCAGGGAAGUGGUGUGUGUGGUGCCAGGAAAUGCGUCAUGACGACUGUGUCAUUCCUGGGGUACCGAAAUGUGACUGUGGGCCUCUGAAGGACCAUAUUCUGCCUCCCUGGGCCAUCUACUCCGUCUCUAAGGAAGAGGACACCAAACUGCUGAAUGUCACUCCUGAUGGUCACAUCCUGCAGAUUUCUCCUGUUCCAGACACACAUCCUUUGCUGGUGUUUGUAAAUCCUAAAAGUGGAGGGAAUCAGGGUCAACGAGUGCUCAGGAAGUUUCAAGGCCUGCUGAAUCCACGUCAGGUUUACAAUUUGUCCAACGUAGGUCCUGCUCCAGGGCUGCACUUCUUCAGGAAUAUGCUUCAGUACAGGAUUUUGGUGUGUGGGGGAGACGGCACGGUUGGGUGGCUCCUGGAUGCUAUAGACAAAGCAGAGCUUAAGGUGUGUCCUCCUGUUGCCGUCUUGCCACUGGGCACUGGGAAUGACAUGGCUCGCUGUCUACGCUGGGGAGGAGGAUACGAAGGGGCGGAGCUGACAGAAAUCCUGAAGGAGAUUGAAGCUAGUGAGGUGAUCCCUCUGGACCGCUGGAGCUUUCAGGUGAUCCCAAACAACCCUCAGGAGGUAGAAGACCCUGUUCCUUAUGAGAUCAUCAAUAACUACUUUUCCAUUGGAGUGGAUGCUUCUAUUGCUCAUCGCUUUCACUCCAUGAGAGAGAAGCAUCCCCAGAGGUUCAACAGCAGAAUGAAAAACAAGCUUAUGUAUUUGGAGUUUGCUACUUCUGAGUCCAUCUCUGCCUCCUGCAAGAAGCUGAUCGAUUGUCUGGAGAUUGAGUGCUGUGGAAGUCCGCUCAAACUGAACAACAGGUCAUUAGAAGGUAUUGCUAUCCUCAACAUACCCAGCAUACACGGAGGCUCCAACCUAUGGGGUGAGUCCAAGAAACCCGAUAGUCCGUCAGAGGGUCGGCGUAGCGAGGUGAUAACCGACCCCGAAAUUCUCAAAACUGUCACACAAGAAAUAAGCGAUAAGCGUUUUGAGGUGGUGGGGCUGGAAGGAGCCAUAGAGAUGGGACAGAUCUACACCAGAAUGAAGAACGCUGGGCACAGGCUGGCACAGACCUCCCAAAUUACCAUCAGAACAAAGAAGGCGAUGCCCAUGCAGAUAGACGGGGAGCCGUGGAUGCAGCCUCCGUGUACCAUCCACAUUACUCACAAGAACCAGGCUAACAUGCUAAUGGCUCCUCCAACCAAAGCGUCUGGCUUCUUUCACCUCAAGUAAAAACUCCGCCCCGAGUUCCAGUCUGCAGGAGGCUCACCGCUGAGUAUUUCAGUCCAACUCUGAACAUGAAACUAUGUUUUAUUGUGAGUGUGUCCUUUACAUUAUUCCUCUUGAUCGGCUUUUAAACAACCAUUUGAAUGGUUACUUGAACAGAACUGAAAUUACAAAUAUCUGCUAUUGUACUGAAAAUGCAGAAAAUAUUGCAUUACCAAGUAAUUUUAGAUUUAGUGUCUGUAGUUGAUGUUGUUCUGUGGCGACUCAUGUUUACAGUCGUGUGUUGUCAAGUUUCAUCCUUGGUGCAGCUCGCAUUUCGCCCUGAUCGCUGACAUUGAACCAGCCGUUUGUCUUUAACCCUCAGUGUUUUUCCAUAUGAAAAUAUAGAUACUAAUUCUAGUAUUUAAAAAAAUUAACUUUUUGAAUAUCUAUCUCAAAACCUAGCUUGUUUUGAUGUUUAAUGUUGCUUUACAACCUGAUAAAUGCGUUUUAACAUAAUAUACUCUAAACAGUAAUUUUAAAAACCUCUUGGAUUGUGUUAUUGUGUAAAAUGUGAUAUUUUUUAUGUUCUUUCUUUUAAAAAGAUAUAAUAUUGAUAAUGAGCUCAUGCCAAAUGUAGUAGAAAUGAACCAAAACUGCCAUUUGUGUUUCAUCUUUUAGUGAUUUGCAUUACUUUUCCCAGAAGUCCUCAUGUUAAUUUUAAGGUACUUGUGUUUUCACGUAUCGUUCUAUUGUGAAACUGUGUUUCUGUCAUGUGGAUGGCCAUCCUCUACUUGUUUUCCUCUUUUAAAUGAACUUCAUGCAAUAUUACAAAACCUCCAAUUAGCCAGGUAAAGCCAGGUAGACUGGUAUUGUGAUCUGAUUCUGACCUAUAAACGCAUCCUUAUUUCUUUCUGUCAUAAAAUUUUAUUUUGACUCUGA